AUGUCCUCGUUGUUGAAUCACCAUUGGAUCAUCGGCUGGUUUAUGUUGUUUUUAAUUGGAUCACAAUUUGUUGAAUCUCAGAAUUCAUAUUUAACGCCAUACGGAACGUAUCGAGAUGAUUAUACAAUCGAAACAAACGAUCAUGUCAAAUACAACUUACCGGAAACGUAUUACCGAUACUCACGUCCUGCUGAUAAUUCAAAUUACGAAAGUCAUUUACCAAGAAUGAAUAAUCGUUUAAGUUUACCGAUAUAUUCAACGAGUUACGAUUACAUAGCACCGUCGCAGGAUAUCCUGGAUCAAAAAUUAUUACGUCCUAAUGAAAAUGACGAGAAUAAUAAUAAUAAUAAUAAUAAUAAUAAUAAUAAUUGGAUGAAUAAAGAGAUUAUCGAUAAAAUGAAUUUGCUCGAAAGAUUUCUGUCGGAUGACGAAACGAACGAGGAGAAAGAUUUCGAGACGAAAAAUUCGAUCAAUGAUAAAAUCAAUUUGGAUUCGAUCAUGACGGAAGAUACUAAGAGAGUCGUUAGGCAAGUUAGUAAACAAAAACCUGGAUUUUUUUGGACAAUUGCAAAGCUUACUUUUGAGACGUUCAACGAUACCGUAUCGGCGAUUAAACAAAUAAGUUCAAUAGUUAGUAACAGUAUCGGACCGGAUACUACAACUAUUAAAUCUACCAGCAGUGAUUCGUUGAUGGCAUCGAGUGAAACAUUGAAUGAUCAAAACGAGACCAUAGCUACGACAGAACAAACAACAACUACGAGAACCAAUCAGAUGCCUGCAAUAUCAAGGGGUGAAUUACAAUCGUUAAUUGUUAGGAAUAUCAAAGGAUUGAUAAGAUUAUUUAACAUCGAAUGGCAGGAUGCCAUUAAACAAUCCGAUAUCAAUGCUAAUGAAUUUAGAAAGGAUCUUGGUAAACAGGUAGGAAUAUACUUGCAGGACAAUCCUAAUGCUUAUUAA